AUGCUUUAUAAAGGGGUAGUAGUAAGGUCAAACAAAGAAUCGCUUUACGUUUGGUGCAGACAGCUUGACAAGGAAGCGAUUUUGAACAAGCAAGUCAUGUGUGAUGAAGGAACUCUGUCACUUGGCUGUUGGAUAGUCUUCACCAUCAAAGAGGGCAAUCUAAUUGAUGAAUUUAUAGAAAUUCCUGAUGUAUUACCGACAGAAAUAAAUGCUGAAGGAGGUGUCACGAUUUUAACGCGGAUUAAAUAUCUUUCCGAAAAUUAUCGAGGCCUUAAUUUAUUGGCCCACUCAAAUGACUUGGGGAAUGUUGGAAUAUUCAAGCAUUUUCCAAACUUCGAUGAAAAACUUGAGCAUGAUGUCUGGGUCGAAAGAACGUUUUGGUGUAUUAGUAAUCAACCUCCUACGCCAGCGUCGGGAUCUCAAAUGAAGCAGCCGUCAUCUGCAUUUCGGCGUAUUACCAGAAAAUUGAGUAAAUCAGAUGGAUUGAGUCGUUCUUUUGAUGGCUGUAGUAAUUGUGUUGCUGGAAAUUCUUUGUGUGAAAGUAACGUGGACUAUAGUGAAGAACAGGAGCGAAGUUCUUCGAGACAAUCAUGUUUUUCUGAUGGUUUUUUCUGUUCCUGGCCUCAAACAGAAGAAAUGGAGAACAUCCUAAUUGUUGGUUUGAUAACUUCCUCUUGCAGUCAAAGAAGUUAUGUUUGGUCAAUGCUCGGUGAUGGAAUUAUAAUAUUAUCUGAAUCAGAGAAAUUGGAACAGGGUUGUUGGAUUAAAUUUGUAGCAUGCAACAUGGAUACCGUUUUUCGACGAUUCGAUAAACCAGAAGGGAUUAAUUACAUUGCAAAAAACUGGUACAUCAUCAAUCCAGUUUAUCCCACGACAACAAUAAAGGCUACAGUUUCAGUGCAAGUAAAGCUUUUUGUACCAAAAGAUUAUAAAAAUGGUCAAUUGAGUCUGUGGACCGAAUUUUUUGGCUCUGUUCAUGAUCCGUUUGAGCAUAUUAGUAAACUUAAUGAGUCAGGAAGUAUUUUGGGGCAGUGUAUUGUGGUCCGAAUUAUGAAAGUUAAGAAUGAACGUACUCCUGGCAGUAAAUGGCUCAUACACAAAGUUCUGCAUUUUGUUGAUGGUGAGAAAGCAGUUCCUAGUAUGAAAUCUCCAUCCUUUGCGGCUGAUGCUUUGAGAUAUAUGUAUGAGGACCCGCAGAUUUACCGUGUAAUGGAGAGUUUGGAUCACAGCCUUGUUCGUCAACUUCAAGAACCUCAUAUAAUAUUUUCUGCUUUCACAUGA